AUGGCUCGAAUCAAAAUGACUGCUAAACGAAAAACCAACCAUCGAGAACCAGAAGAAAAUCCAGAGGUUUAUUCAAGCACUGAUUCAGAAUAUCAUGAAGAAACACAUUCUGAAGGAACCUUUGUGAACACCAUCCCAUCUUCUCAACCCUCCAAAAGUUCCUCUUCUCCAUCUUUCACUAAAAAGACUGCUAAAAACUCAUCCUCAUCAACUCCAAUCAGGCGUUCCUCCAGAAUCAUAUCUAGAGUCGUUUCAUCAAAUAAGCCCACUCCUAAGAAAUCCAUAUCCAAAGCCUCAACUCCCAAAAAGGUUAAACCUUUUUCUCCAAAACCCCCAUCUUCAUCGCUCAAAAUUUCUGAUAUUACCUCACUGUUUGAUUCGGCUGAUAUAGAAAAUAAUUAUGUUCUGAAGUGGCAAAACAAAUCCGUUGUAAAUGGUAAAAUCAUUGAUCUUACUGACAUCAAACAAGGUGGAUUUAAUGUGGAAGAAAUGGUUGAACAACUCGGAUGGACUUCAUUCUUCAAAAUCGAUGAGCCUCAAUAUCCUUGCCUAGUACGGGCAUUCUAUGCUGCUGCAAAUGGCUCAAAGUACUCCACUAGUUUUAGUAUGGUAUUGAAAGGAGUUCAUAUGGAAAUAAAUCCCACCAUACUGUGCCAAAUUCUCGACAUACGCGAUGAAGGAGCCGACCACUUACCGGAAAGGUGGCUUUCUCGAGCUUUCAUCACGAGGACCUCUGUUCUUGAAGAAUUACUCAUCAAACCACCAAAACCAUUAGUGGCCUCAAAUCUCCGUCCAAUAUGUCGUAUACUCCACAACAUUUGUGUUCACUCCAUUGCACCCCGAGCUGGCAGCUUUGAGAAAGUUACAGACCUUGAUAUCAUGAUCAUCCAUCAUUUAAUGACUGCCUCCCCUCUUCACUUAGGUAAUGUGAUUUUUUGGUUUAUGCUGAAUGUUGUUUUGAUGGGAAGAUCUGCUCCCUAUGGAAUGCUACUCACUAAGAUUUUCAAAUUCUUCAAAAUCCCACUCGAAGAUGAACCUUCCAUCAAAUUCAAUAGCACAUUUUCACUCAAGAAUAUUAAACAAAUGAAGUUUGAGCAUGAAAACCUCCUUGCCUCCAAGAAAAGGAAAGUACGAGAGUCCUCUACUCCCUAUCAGAAUUCUGAAAAAGACACCAUUCAACCACCACCUAAGGAAACACCAUCACCUCUCAUUCAAAAACCUACCUCUCCACUGCGUCACUUUCCUGAUCUUACUCCGAACUCACCUGUCCAACCAUCUCCUCCUCAUGAAGUCGAUCCACUCCCUAAGGAUACCUUUACACCAACUCCUCUUCAGAAUAUGGAAGAAGGCGAGGAGUUAUAUUUUGAUCUUAACCAGUCCUAUCCUCCCUCUCCUACGGAUAUGCCUAUGGCCUUCUCUCCUACAACACCCAUGGAAGAGGAUGUGCUUCCACAACCAGAUCUCACGCAACAACUUCUUAUUCCUCCUGCUGCUGCUCAUGAAGAACCUACCCAACCUCUCCCCGAGGUCACAGGACAAUCCAGUUCCCUUGACUCCUUCUUUACUGCCACGACUCAUAACCAGUCAAAGGACAAGGCUGGGAGCUCUUAG